AUGACCUCUGAGGCUGCUCGCCAGGUACCGGAGCCCAAAGGCAAGUCACGUCGCACCGAGUCGACGUCCGGCGCGGCUCCGAAAAAAGACGCAAGAGGACCGUUGUCAGCGGUGCUCCCGACGACUGUUUCGCCUGCUCCAAACGAGGCGCUCGAUGCGACCGACGCCGACCGUACUGCACGCAGUGUCUCGACCUUGGCCGCGAAUCUGCGGGGCCAGAAACUGCCGGUGAUGGAGUCGGGUAUUGCACCAUCAGGGAGCGCGGCGAUACCAGAGCCGUCUGCGACCUCGAGCACAUCCAGUCAUCCCGCACCGGCAGCAGCUGUGCCGACCAUGGCGAGUGCUGAACCGCCUCCCCAACAAACGGCACCGGACGGAUCGGAAACGUCGAACAAUCUGGCUUGGACGAUGGACAUGCCGGAUCCGCAUACAUGGUCUAAUGCAUCAGCCGCGCCGCCGAAGAUUUCAGGGCUUCCAUCACCAAAUCGACCAGUGGUCCCCAAUCAGUCAGCAUCAACUCUUGUAGUCGAUACCUCGACUCAGUAUGCGCCUGGAUCCAGCCCGACAUAUGCUGCAGCCACCCCGGCUUGGCAGGUUGCCAAUCCGUGGCUUGUCCAAAACGUUACGCCACCCUCACAGGAGAACGACGAAGAGGAGAUAAAAGACCUGGACCACUCUAUGAUGUGGAACGCGGGUCACCAGCCGUCACUAUCCCAACUUCUCCUGGCACGCUCUGUAGGGCGAACGCCUCGCCUCCGCUACCUGAUCAGCUACUAUUCCGAAGUCAUUGCUCCCAUGAUCGUGGCCUUUGAUACUCCAACGAACCCUUUUCGUACUCACGUGCUUCGCUUGGCUCAAGAAAGCGAGGCUCUGCAGGAGGCAAUUGCAACGCUGGCCACCAGCAACCUGCGACAGAGGCGAUUGCGCAAUCACACAUCUACAGAGAGAACACUACCUGCGCGCAUGUCUUCUUUGGCCCACCGCGCUCUUACAGACGAAGCUUUUCAAGACCGGUAUGGCAUCUCAGUUCCGGAAGGGUAUGCCCGGGAAGAAAAUCACCACCGGGGAUGGGCCGUGAAGGCCCUCAACGCAGACUUGGCGGAUCCACAGCGCAGGCUGUCAGACUCGGUACUGGCGACUUUACUAAUCCUGUGUCUCUUUCAUGGCUGCGAUACGGGCGUAGCCGAGUUCCGCACGCAGUUUGCCGGUGUCACGAGACUACUGGCCAUCCGGAUGCGCCACUCUCCCAUAAUCACAGAAGAGAUGAAAUGGUUCAUCCGCAUGUUUUCCUGGUUUGACACGCUGACGGCAACGACCAAUGACCGUGAUGUCCAGCUCCGUGGCGCUUGUCUCGAUAUCAGCUCUCGGACUGAUGGAGAAUGGGGACUUGAAAAUUUGGCCGGCUGCGACGGUCGCCUGUUCAAGUUGAUCUCCCAGUUGGGACGCUUGAACAUACUCAGUCAGGACCAACAGUCCGAGGUACCUGCGUCCGCGGAUGUUUCUGUGGCCACCACUUCCCUGCCUCCAAACAUGCUUCAUCCCGGCUGGGAGGAGGUCGUGCCCGCGUCCGGGACAGCAAUGGAUACCAGCUUCGGGAUGCCAUUCCCAAUGCCCCAGAAUACAGACUUAAUGAGACGGCCCUCCUCUCCGGACUUUUGGACUGAAUGGUACUCGCUCCGGCAGCGGCUUGAGUCCUGGCGAUUCGACCCACCGACUGAACCCUCGUUCCCUUCUUCACCACUGAACGCCUCGACGAUGUCAUGGAAUACCGCCAAUUACCUCUCCCCGCCCUCAUCUCCAAUUGCUCCAUUUACCGUGGCGCCCGAGAACCUCCAGGAUGUGUUUCAAAUCUCUGAAUGCUUCCGCCACGCGGCUCUCCUCUACUGUGAGCGACUAGCGGAACCGACGCUCCCAUCGCGGCAUCCACGUAUCCAGCACAUCGUCCAGCUGGCCAUGCACUGCAUCUGUGCAGUACAGUCGGACGUCUACCUUCUUUGGCCAUUGUUCAUUGUCGGGUCAGAGUGCGUUCAGGAGGACCACCGCGCAACUAUCCGCAACCGCUGCAAGGAUAUCUCGAAAGAUUCCGGCUUUGUGAACAAUCUCUCCUGUCUAGAAUUGCUGGAGAAGAUCUGGGCCGAGCACUCGGAUGAGUCUUCGUUCCCUGUUUACCCGGCUGAUGUCGAUCCAUCGCAAUUGCCUGGUCCCUCUACCGCCCAGGCAUUCCGCUGGUCUCGCGCGAUGCAGGCCAAACGGGGUGACGGGGAAUAUAUGGUAGCAUGA